UGCGUUGUGAACAUAACGGGUCGAGUGUGUGAACCUGACUUGGCAUUCUUCGUGCACACAAACAGUUUAGCUGAUUGAACCCUGGAACAACGUACACAAAGACUGACUACCUUGGACAUGGGCAUCUGAGGGUAUGUUUCCUGGAAAUGAUCGUAACUGAGAGGACCAUGGAUUUUAAAUGGUUGUGGAAAUGUGCCAUACUCUUUGGUGUCUUGAAGUCUACUGCUGCAUGCAACGUUCUUUCGCUCUUUAAGUCUUGCACCCACUCUCAAGAUUACAAAAUAUUCAACUGUACAAACGUUAGAGUGGGGUCCUUCAAAAUGAAAUAUAUCCCAGCUCAGUCGAAAGAAAUCCAGCGACUGAUUCUUGUAAACACUCAACUUGAAAUGUUAGAAGCAGACGUGUUUGACUCUGUGCCAAACUUAUUGUACCUCAACAUGAGUAUUAAUUUACUCAGAAAACUGGAUUACAACUUAUUCAGCAAUCUGAAAGAGUUAAGGAUCCUGGAUCUCACAAACAAUAAAUUAAAUUCCUUACAUGAUGAACGGCUUUUUAGAUCACAAAUAAAACUUUCACAACUUCUACUAGCGAAUAAUGAACUCACAACGCUUGACAUCAGCGUGUUAAGACCACUUACUUCUAUAAAUUUGCUCGCUUUGACAGGAAAUCCAUUUAACUGUAACUGUCAGCUAAGACUCGUAAUAAUCUGGUGUGGAAAUAGGGGUUUGGACACAGACGCUACUUGCGAAUACCCCAGUAAGUACAGAGGAUACUCGUGGUCAGUUACUAAUUCAUCUGAAAUGUGCAUAGUAACAGACGCUACAAACACAGUUAACCUGAGCGAAUUCAUGCCAACAACAGAAUGGAAUUCUGGAGAAACUACAGCAGAUGAAUGGAAUGGUGGGACAUCAAUGGCAGUGCAAAUUAUAUACGUGUGUGUUGUGGUGUUGCUACUAUGCGUUGCUGCGUUUAUUCUAGCGUAUUGUUGGAGGAAAUUCAAAUAUUCCACCGGGAAUGUGGUUACAGGAGAUCCUGUAAAACAUGAGACUAAUUUAAGUGAAGAAUAUUAUUAUACCGAAAUUGAUCUUUCUCAAAAUAUGAUACCUACUUCCCCUCCACCAGAUCUUCCGAAACGUCUGUCAACAAAUAAAGUCAGUAGCAAAGGAGAGAGACAGAGAAGUAACGAGACAGAAGUUUAUAAUUACGCGGAAUAUAAAUUAGAGCACUCAGAUACUGUCACAACAUCAAGUCCUGGGAAAUGUUCGAAAAAUUCUGAACUACCGCCAGAAAAUAUUUCACACACCGCAGGACACCUGGGUACUGACAUGCUGCAUAGGAACACUUUAUAUAUACAAGAGUAAUCAUUAUUGGUGUCGACGUCCAUAAUUACGGAUAUUAUCAACCUAAUUUAAUUUUCACAAUUAAUUUUUCGAAUGAUAAUAUUAAUGUGUCUUUUAGGAAAUUUUGUUUUCAUGUAUUUAAUUAAAUUAAAAUGACUCAUGUUAGUCACAAGUUCAUUUACUAGGAUUAAAUUUUGUAAUACAUGUUUAAAUUUUCUUUCAUUAUUUUUCUUAUUGUUUUCUUAAUAUCGUCAAAAUGCCUAAAAAUAAAUACGUCUUCCAAAACGUAAGCAUAAAUGUAUGAGUUAUUGUUUAUAAAGAAUCUGUUGUAACAUAAUUUAGGAAACAUUUUUCUGGAUACGUGCGGACCCUGUUUUGGUAAGUGAAUUCCAGACGACAGAAGCAUUUUCAGCUUCCUUCUGAUUAGGCUACUGCAAAGCACCAACAGACUGUCUAAGGAAGAAAAGGAGAAAGUAAUAACUUACAUUAGGCAAAACAACUUUAUGGUAUGGAAUUAGGCAAAACAACUUUAUAGUAUGGAAUUAGACAAAACAACUUUAUAGUAUGGAAUUAGGCAAAACAACUUUAUAGUAUGGAAUAAUAAAUAAUCAACUUGUUGAUGAAAGAACAGUUUGGAGUCAAGAAAAAUACCAUGAUAUUUAACGAGAUCUGUAGGCAAAAUACUGGAGUUAUAAAGGACACGGCUAAAGGUCAGAAAAUAAUAAUUGAA